AUGGCGCCCAGCAAUGGCGGGGCGCUGUUUCCGCUUAUGGGCGACGACAGGCGACAAGGCGAUCAGCAGCAUAAACAACAACAACAACAACAGCACGUGCGAGUCCUGAAGAAGCCAGCCCAAAUCCUGCUGCUGUUGGCCAUUGUUGCUGCCCGAUUUGGUGGCCCAACAAGGCGCACAACUCUCGCAUCGGCCUGCGAGGAGGAGUCCGUGUCAGCGCUUCAAAACAAUAGAUACAGCAGCUACUACGGCAAUAAUAACAACAACAACGACAACAAUAACAACGAUUAUGGCUACAACAACAUUGAUGGCAUUGCAGAUAGGAACGACAACAAUGACAACUAUAACUACAACAAAGCCACAGCCAAAUGGCAGCCGCCGCAGCAAAAACUAUACGCAAAUUCCCAGGAGCAAAAGCAGCAACACCAACGCCAGCAGCAACAGCAACAGCAGCAACAACAAUUUGUUGAUAAUCCCGAGGCAGCUCGGAAUGACUUCCUUUCGCAAUUGUCUGACUUAAAUGCGGCUGUGCAAGGUGUAGGCAUGUUUGCUGCCCAGCACAGAAACAGAAACAACAACAACAACAACAACAACAAUGAAAACUACAACGACAACGACAACAACAAUGACAACGACAUCGACGACAACAAUCUGUGGCAAGCUGAAGCUGGAUUUGAAAGAGAAAAGACGCAUUUGCCGCUGGAACGUCACAGCCGUAGCAGCUACCUUUCCAGGCAUGCAGGUCAGCCGGAGCGGUACGAGAAUGAUGCAAUGCCAAGCGAAACGGACGACAGCGUGGAUAUUGAGGGCGAGGAGGACUAUGCCGUGGCCACCACCAAAGAUGCGGACGAACUGAGUCCCCAGCUGCCCUAUGGCAUACAAAAUGUGCGCAAGCGGCGCGUGCGCAGCGUCAUGCCACCAGCAGCAGCGGCUGCGGCUGCAGCUGCGGCACAGCACAGCGGCAGCGAGGGCGUCACCUACCAAUCACUGUGCCCCACCAAGCGUGUUACCGUCAAGCUGGACAAUGGCGAAUAUCGGCCCAAUCACUAUGUGGAGGUCACCUGUGCCAACAACUAUGCCCCGUUGCCCGCCAGGCUGCACAACUACGACUACAACUAUCGCAGCAAUGAGCUGCCGCUGCUGCGCGCCCUGCUCAACGAACGGGUCGGUGAGAAGCGUGAGAUCUGCUCGGCUACUGGUUUCUCGUGCAUUCAGCUCAAUCGCACCAUACAUCUGAUACGCUUGAACGAGGGCAGCGGCUGCUGGGAGUCGGAGACACGCACAGUGCCCUCGGGCUGUGAGUGCAUGUGGCCGAAGCAUAGCUAUGGCGACAUUGCCUCCUAUCACCAGGCACAGAAGCGUUUCAGGACCAGUUUGAACAAUCUUCAGGCACGCGUUGCAGGCGGCAACAUUGAUUAUGCACCCGGCGUGGGCUAUCGCCAGCUGACGCUGCGCUCCCGCACACCCAAGUCUGGUGUUGGAGCUGCACGCAGCCGGCGCUCGGAUGUGUUGGACUAUGAUAACUAUGAAUUGAAUUAAAUUGAAGUACUUUAACGCGCAUUUUCGGGACCAAGUCCCAAGCACAAUGGGUAGCACAUCAAAAGUUUGGAUC